AUGCCAUCGCGUUUUUUGACAUUCACUCUAUUCUUCGUAAUCCUCGCAAUUUCGACUACUUUUAGUAAUGUAGUUCAGGGAAAUGAAGAGACCGCACUCGAUAGUACUUAUGACAUGGUUCCUGGAGAAGGUGUGCUCGGGCAGUUGAUUCGAGCCAAGCGCCAGUGGGGUUGUGGAUGCGAUUGCUGGGGAUGCUGUGGGCCAACACCGGAUCCUGCUGCAACACCGGCUCCAUGCAAUUGUGGAUGUUGUGGAUGUGGAUGGGGAAAAUAA